AUGAUCUCCCUAACCAACUCCUACAUCAACUCCUGCACGCGAGGCCCCAGCACCUGCAGCCCUGCCAUGCCGCCCGCCCCUUGUGUGCCGCCCAACCCUCCUGCUCCUCUUGCCCCUGCUGCCGCCCCAGUUUCCCCUACUCCCCCUCCCACCCCUCCCACACCUUGUACUCUCCUCCCUUCUCCUGCUGUGUCUGCUGCUACUGUACCUGCUACUGCCGUUCCACACCAACUCCACCACCUCCUGCCACACCCCCACCGUCUGCCACACCUCCACCUCCUGCCACCUCUCCCACUGCCCCCGUUUGCCCCAUCGUCCCCAAUCCCCUCGAACCAAUUCCCGUUUCCCCCAUCCGUGUUCCCCCAUUAUCGUUCCCACCAUGCUCGUCCCCCCUCUUCCCCUUGCCCCCAUUCCUAUACUCCCCAUGCCCACCCCGCUGUUCCCAACCCCACCGUUCCCACCCCCGCCGUCUUCACCCCCGCCGUUCCCACCCCCGCCGUUCCCACCCCCGCCGUUCCCACCCCCGCCGUUCCCACCCCUACCGUUCCCACCCUCGCCGUUCCCACCCCCGCCGUUCCCAACCCCGCCAUUCCCAACCCCGCCGUUCCCACCCCCUCCGUUCCCACACCCCUGCAGUCCGCCCCACCACACCAGCACCCCCAGCCACACCUGGCAGCCCCCCAAGCUACUGGUCUCCUUGGCAUGGGCGCGGCGGGCAAAGAGGGUCUGCAGGGCGGGGCUCAUGGCCUAGAAGGCGUGGGCGUCGAGGGGGCGCUGCAGGAAGGCGUCGAUGGCCGCCACGCGCUGCGCGUCUGUCAGAGAGGGGAGGGCAGCUGA